GGACCCGUAGCGGCUGUCUCUGCUGGUGUCUGUAGCCGGGAAACCCGGCGUCCAGCGCAUCAGGUCGUAGUUCGCGAUGUCUGGUGAGGAAGCCCGCCACGGGGCAGAGUCCUCCGAGGCCCGUGCGGCUGUGGUCAGCGACAUCCAGGAGCUGAUGCGACGCAAGGAGGAGAUCGAGGCGCAGAUUAAAGCUAAUUACGACGUCCUGGAGGGCCAAAAAGGAAUUGGUAUGAGUGAGCCGCUGGUGGACUGUGAGGGCUAUCCCCGGGCAGAUGUGGACUUGUACCAGGUCCGAACAGCAAGGCACAACAUCAUCUGUCUACAGAACGACCACAAGGCAGUCAUGAAGCAGGUGGAAGAGGCCCUGCACCGACUGCAUGCUCGGGACAAGGAGAAGCAGGCCCGGGACAUGGCUGAAGCCCAAGAGGAGGCUAUGACCCGCAGGCUGGGCUCCAACAGUCCCGCGCCACCCCAGGCCUUCGCCAAAGUGAACAGCAUCAGCCCUGGUUCCCCAGCUAGUAUUGCGGGCCUGCAAGUGGAUGAUGAAAUUGUGGAGUUUGGCUCCGUGAACACCCAAAACUUCCAGUCACUGCAGAACGUCGGCAGCGUGGUGCAGCAUAGCGAGGGGAAGCCUCUGAAUGUGACGGUGAUCCGCAGAGGGGAGAAACACCAGCUCAGACUGACUCCUACACGCUGGGCAGGAAAAGGACUGCUGGGCUGCAACAUUAUUCCUCUCCAGAGAUGAUUACCCCUGGGACCUGUGAGAGAGCUGCUUCAGCCAGGCCCUGCCCUUGGGCCUGGUGGGAAUUCCUCGUUCUCUUUGAUCCCUGAAGCGUAAGGGUCUGGAAGAGAGUGGGUGAACCCUGAACAUCAAGGUGGAGGACUUGCCCUGGCUGCUGGUGUAAUUUGUCUGGAUUGAGGCAUUAUUAAAAUCGUGAUUUGUGCCUA